AAAACGUUCUCUUCUGCUCAAAUCGUUAAGUGAUGUUCCUUGUUUCCCAUUGUAAAGAACGACUGGAUUCACCCUUUUUCGCCCAUUCGGUGUUUACAUACCCUUACGUUGCACCAGAGUUUUUGACAUUGACCUCGUCUUAAAAUAACAAUUGACCGUAUAUUAUAUGAACAUUGACUGCCUCCCAUGUCAAACGGAUCCAAGAGGCUCCAUCAAUCAUCUUUAAUUGAAGUGGGACGGUUUUCCGCCGACGAAGAAGUCACAUAAAAUGAGUAACAACAAAGAUAAGACUUUCCCGGAAAAACUGAAGCAAUUCUUCAAGUUUUCUUCUAAAUCCCCUGCAUCAUCACAAAGCCAAACCUGUGGGUCAUUUCCUCGCCUCAAAGUAGAAAAAUUUAUUUUGAGUAGAGAUGUGCAGAGGUCACUUACUUGUGAGAUACCUGUGGCACAGAGACUGAAGAUUCUACAAGAAAUAGGUGAAGAAGUUGCAACCAAAAGAAUUGAAGAUGAUGGUGCUGAGACUUUGUGGCUGCUGAUCAAUGAUUUAUUUGUCAUCAGCUCAACUGAAGAAAGACAAACAGCUCUUAUGUUCCUCAAGAACCUUAUUACUGGCCAGUAUGAACGCCUUGGAAUGCUCCGAGUCUACAUCUUUGAUAUAGUGAAAGAAUCUCAGUUCAACGAAGAUGACUUCAUACUUAUUGAACUGCUCAAAGCAAUGACUGACAAUGGGAAAGAUUUGCUGUACUUGGAAGAAUCUAUUGGAAGCUUUUUGUUGCAAUUCCUUCCACAAGUGUCUCAGCUACAAUUGUUGAAACAAUUUUUACCUUUUCUUUUGAAUGUCAUCAAGUUCAAUUCUGCCUAUGUGGAUGGAAACAUGAUUGGUGGUGUUGUUAGUACCUUAUGUGGAUUGGCAAUUUCUAGCCCCGAUCCCGAAGAAAUUUUAUUGAUUAUAUCGGUCUUCGAUGCGAUCAUCUGCUAUAGCAACCUUCCUAAUGAAUCGAUCGUGGUUUUUACCUCAACCUUGUGCCGUUUGGUCAACGUUUCCAGUUACAGCAGUCUUUCUUGGAAAAUCAUGCGAAAUCUAAUUGGGACACACCUUGGAACAAGCACCUUAUAUACCCUAAUUCACAGCUUGCAGACAUCAGAAGACCCAUCUGUUCUAAGAGGAGGAAUCUUUUUCAUGGGUAUGGUGCUCUGGUCGGAUCGACCAGCCAACUGUCCUAAUUGCCCCUCUGCUGUUGUAUUACCGGCAUUGAGCGAAGCGCUAAAACACAACAAAAAUCCUCUCGUCGUUUUUGAGACUGGUCUUACAUUGCAAAAACUAGUUCGACUAGAUGGCCCAAAUUUAGUAGGGCUUGCCUGGGAUUGGAUUUUGGAGAUCUUGGAGCAUUUUCUUCAGUUUGGUGAUGAGUAUCCAAAAGUCCGACAGAUGUUUUUGGAAAUACUCUGCGAUGUGCAAGAUCUAGUUGAAAAAGGUGUUUAUACGGGGUCAAUGGAACUGUUUUUCGCUACGGUGGAAAGGGGUUUACCUUACCUAAGUGAAUCGUCGGUAGUCCUCUUGAUGAAUUAUCAGGUGGAAAAAAUUAAACCCAGCCAGCCAAAUUGGAUUUCUAAUCUGAACAAAUUCAUACAAAGAUUCUAUGUAGAAGAAAAGCGGAUUCAACCGCGAUUUAGAAUAUUGGCCAUGAUUGAAUCCAUUGUCGUCACGCAAAGAAGACUACACGACGAAGAGCUCCUAGAACUAGUGUUGCUUCCCCUGUUCCAGAAUCUCCACAUGGAGCAUGAAGUGUCGGUCCGGGAGAAAGCGGUGGAUUUAAUUAUCUCUCUUUGUCGCCACUGUAAUUCUAAGCAUUGCACCGGCUUAUUGGACGUCCUUGAAAGAAUAAUGGAACGGCCAUUUAAUAUGGAUCACGGUGACAUAGUCAACAUUCCGAGCGAGGAAGAACUUGGCGAUGUGGUUAAAUGUACAAACGGACUGAUCGAACUCUUCCUUGUUAAAAUGUACCAAUUACCGUCGCUGCACGCUGUACAAAUUUAUAAGACACUGGUGCGCCACGCGAAUUUGCACUACGAAAAACCCAUCUACUUUGAAUUCGCGCUCUCUACAAAGCUCGCUGUAUUCGAUUUUAUUCUUAAUAUCACAGGAGAUGGUGACUAUCGGCUGGGAUAUGCCCUGCUACCACGAUACAGCCCGUACAUUUUGAUAGAUCACAAACAUGGAGAACGUGUCGGUGGUACUAGCCGCAAGGAAGUACGCAGUGCUACAGACGACCCUAGCUCAACGUCAUUUGCCCAAGUCACCCAGAUGUCGCUCGGAGAAGCUUGCGUUGCAGUGAUUCGGUGUCUCACUCAGGAAAGAGAUUGGAGGGUUUUGAAAUUAGUUCUUGAAAAAAUUCCACGUGUUCUCAAUAACAAGGCAUUAGUUCUUUCUCGGCAUAACACAGACAUUGACUAUGUGGGAAAGGCACUAUGCUCGUUGAUCAGCGAUGUCAAUCUUAACAAUCCGGAAACGUUGAGAAAUGCGCCACCCAAGUUUUCGCGUUCCGAGUUCCAGCUUUAUGUCUUUCGCGUUCUGACAUCUUUGGCGUCUUACCAUGCUUACCUUAAGCCGGACACCCAACAAAAACUUGUGAAAUGCCUUGAAAUCGGACUGAAAUAUAAAGAUACGGCUAAAACUUGUGUGGUUGCCCUUACAAUAUCUGCCCUGGAAAUGAAAGAAACAAUGUAUAAGCUACUCCCGGGAGUUCUGCUUAGCUUGUCCAAGAUUUCGGCAACCGUUUCGAUUGCACCGAAUAUCCUCGAAUUUCUUUCGACGCUCAACCGCCUUCCUGAAGUAUAUUCAUCCUUUGUGGAAGAACAGUACCUGAGCAUUUUUGCCAUAACGCUGCCUUUCAUCAAUCCCUUCAAAUUUAACCAUUACGUUGUAUCCUUGGCGCACCAUGUGGUCUCUUUAUGGUUUCUGUCUUGUAAGCUUCCUUUGAGGAAGAACUUUGUUUGCUACAUUGUUAAAGGAUUUAAAAAUAAUGUCCUCAUCCCUUGUGAGGAAGGCAUGAGCCAAAUGGUUCAAAAUCAAUCAGCAAGUGGUCAAAGUAUUACCGAAGAUUCAUCUAGCAGGGUAAGAAGUGGCAGCUUUUCCAGCCACGAUGCACGACGUGGUGGUAGCAACAACCUACGCUCCACGGGGGCAGGAGACACUUCCAAAGUCACCCAAGACGAAACUCGUAUCAUGUUUCAUCGUGAAUUGAUGGAAACGUGCGCUGAUCUCAUGUCUCGUUACACGUAUGGAAAUAGUGCCCCUUAUGCCCAACAAUCGGACACUGUCGCAAAACUUUUAAAGGAUGGCCCCAGUCAAACGUGGUUGAUAGGCCAUAAAUUGGUCACAAUAACCACGAGCCCUUGCCUACGUGUAGCCAACCAUCGUGGACUGUGUGAUCGGUGUUCCUUGGUGUGCAAGUUGGGGCCAGAGGAAACUUCAGUUCCAGUGAGUGAAAAUGAUGAGCCCCUUUCGCCAGCUGUUUCGGAACUUAGUGGAUACCGACGUCGCCAUCGUUCAGCUAUGUCGCCUGCGGCUUUGUCCUCCGGUGAGAUACCUUGGCAUGGUAUUGAAAAUCGCACUUCAGAAGAUAUUCAGGCUAAACUAAGAUCACGUCACAAGAGUUCAAUUGACGAUCGUAGGCUAACAAUUGACAUGGAUGAUGGGAACCGCGAUCUGCAAGAACCUGAUACCAAAACGGCCGUUAUUCAAAUCCCUUGCGUUUGUUACUGUUCUGGUUGGGCAAAAAUCCACAUUCGUCGCCCAACCGGUGAUACAAGUUGGGUGACACGCCUGCUUAAUCCUCCCCAGAAUGUGAACGACGUUUUCUUAUUGAGUGACGCGUCAGAAGAACCCCUACCUAAUUUAGCGACUGUGUUAAUACCAAAACUUGGUGCUCAUAAAGAAGCAAGCGGCCAUCCGAAAUUGGAUCGUUCAGUUUCAGCGUCUGCUUCCUUAAGGAGCGCCCCUAGUCGAGAGGACCGAUGCGAGUCAGAAACUGAAGUUAAAGAUGGGCCACCUAUAGAUGACGAAAGUCGUGAACGACCUGUUAUGACUAGACAAACGUCCUUGAAAGAGCUUCCUUCGUCAUCGCGCAAGAGUUGUGAGGCGAUUCCUGAAGAGAGUAAAGAAGUAGAAGGAGCCAAAGCAGAUGAUGCCAGCGAUCUUCAGCCGCAUCCGCGAGAUCGAGUUUACACUAUGCCUGCUUUGAAUAUGCAGAGACGCAGUAACCUAGACCCCAACGUAAAAAGAAGCAUAAGCAAUGCUGAUCCCUCAUUGAAGGAUGCGAAUGCAUCGUCAGGAUCAAAUCCCAGUUUUAUUUUCCUUCAGUUGUAUUAUUCGCCGAUGACCUCUGCGGUUACGACACACUCUGUUAAUAAAGAGGGGUCUGACGCCGUCUCACCUCCUGUUCUCGUACCUAAUAACAUCCUCACCGCUAUAAAAAACUUAGAUCGCAUCCCUCCCUAUGAGACGCACAAAAUUGGAGUUUUGUACAUUGGCAAAGGACAAGCAGGCAAAGAAGCUGAAAUUCUCGCCAACGAACAUGGCAGUGUACGGUACAUGGAGUUCCUACAUAAACUUGGUCAGUUGAUCAGCCUCAACGAAAUUGACACUCGCGGUACAUAUAUUGGUGGCCUCGAAGUAAGCGGCGAAGAUGGGAAAUUCGCCUACCUCUGGAAAGAUGACGUCCUGCAAGUCAUUUUCCACGUUGCUACACUUAUGCCUACCAAACCCAACGACCCUGCGUGUACUAAUAAAAAACGGCAUAUUGGUAACAAUUAUGUUACAAUUGUUUAUAAUGAUAGCGGCGAAGAUCACCAAAUGAACACCAUUCGAGGACAGUUCAACCAUGCUUGCGUGGUUGUCGAACCACUUGAUCAUGCCACGCAUCGAGUGACAUUGAAGUGCCGAGAGGAUUUACACGAACUGAUGGGUGGCCCGGUUGAGCCCAAGUUGGUUUCUGAUCGAAAUGUUGCUUUGCUCAGCCGACAGAUGGCUUUUCACAGCAAUCUUGCUGCGCUUAUCCUACAGUCCAAGUCUAACUACCCAUACGCUUCAAACUGGCUUGAACGACUAAGACAAAUAAAGCGAACCAAAGCGCGUUUGGAAAAAGAAGACAUGAAGGAGAAAGAAAAGAAUCCUUGGCAACAAUAUAAUUUGUCGUCAACAUUGGAUUUCACCGAAUUUACAAGCCCUAAACUUGCGUAAGCCCGAAAAACGAAAAUCUUGACUGGUGUCAUUUUGCUAAAUGCAAAAUCAGCUGUUACCACCACGACCACCACAGCCUGGAAAUAUUUAUCAUCCCAUUUUCCUAUGCGAUAUUUUUAGUGACAAAUUAGAUUUAAUACACAAAUUGGCCACGGAA